AUGAAGGCUAAAGGACCAAUCACUGUUGCAGAUGCAAAGAGCAGCUCACCCAAGAACAAGACUCCAAAGACACCUCUAGAAGAAAUGUCAGAAAAAGUCUUGAAAGAUAUUUCAAAUAUUUUACCUGAUUCAGUAUAUAAUUUUGAUUUUGAUAUUUCUAAAACAAAAUUACAUGCUGAAUAUUUUAGAUUAUUUGAUGAAGUUUGUGAUGAAUAUAAAGAUAAAUUUCGAAACAUAAUAAAUGACCUCGGACAAAUCGAUGUGAUAACCUACGAGAUCGAUACCCUAUCAAACAAACACCAUACCUUCCGAGGUAUCGAAGGCCUCCUUGGACUAUACAAGUGCAUCGCGGACGAAGCAACUCAGGCUGAACAAGAUAUUCUAGAAAUAUAUCGUUCAAACUUUAGUAAUUAUCCUGCCAUGGACCUCCGGCUACAUUCAGAACUAUCCCUUUCCUUAGAUCAAGAAUUGCAAGAUAAAACCGUCUUAUUCACCAAAUCGAAAAUUUUUGGUGAAUUAGUUUCUAAAUCACUUUUAAUUUCCUAA